AUGAUAGAAGGGAAUCUUACAUGAAGCUGACUGAAAAGAGGAGAUCCAUACAUAAGGGUCUCCGAGCUGGUGCAAGGCAAGAUGGCAGCGCAGGGACAGGGUUAUGGCUACUACCGUACAGUUAUUUUUUCCGCAAUGUUUGUGGGAUACACACUGUAUUACUUCAAUCGGAAGACCUUUUCCUUUGUCAUGCCAUCUGUAAUGCAGGAGAUAAAACUGGAUAAAGAUGAUCUAGGUCUGAUCACCAGCAGCCAGUCUGCAGCAUAUGCCAUCAGUAAGUUUAUUAGUGGAGUUCUGUCUGAUCAGAUGAGCGCUCGCUGGCUGUUUUCCUCUGGCCUUUGCUUGGUGGGUCUGGUAAACGUGGUAUUUUCCUGGAGUUCCAGUGUGUCAGUUUUUGCCAUUCUUUGGUUUUUUAAUGGACUAGCUCAAGGACUCGGCUGGCCACCAUGUGGAAAAGUCCUGCGCAAGUGGUUUGAACCUUCCCAGUUCGGCACUUGGUGGGCAGUGCUCUCCACUAGUAUGAACUUGGCAGGCAGUCUUGGCCCCAUCAUAGCUACUCUGGUAGCUGCCAGUUACAGUUGGAGAUCCACAUUAUCCCUUUCUGGUCUGAUCUGUGUGGGAGCCUCUGUCCUUUGCCUUAUACUUAUAAAGAAUGAGCCUUCUGAUGUGGGGCUGAAAAACAUAGAACCUGGGCCCAAAAAAGGAAAACAAGCUUCCCAGUCUGGUGAUGAAACAACUCUAAAGGAGUUCUUGCUUUCCCCGUACCUUUGGCUACUGUGUGCUGGAUACCUAGUGGUAUUUGGAGUAAAAACCUGCUGUACAGACUGGGGACAGCUUUUUCUCAUUCAGGACAAAGGACAGUCUGCCCUGAUAGGCAGCUCAUACAUGAGCGCCCUGGAGGUUGGUGGCUUGGUGGGCAGUAUUGCAGCUGGUUUGUUGUCUGAUCGAGCUGUGGCUAAGAUGGGAUUGAGAAAUCAUGGUAAUCCUCGCCAUGGCCUGCUCCUCUCUAUGAUGGCUGGAAUGGCUGUGUCCUUGUACUUGUUCCGUGUUACUGUCACUGCAGGAUCUUCAAAGGUCUGGAUCUUGAUUCUGGGAGCUGUAUUUGGAUUUUCUUCGUAUGGACCUAUUGCACUUUUUGGAGUCAUUGCCAAUGAGAGCGCCCCUUCCAAUUUCUGUGGGACAUCACAUGCUAUUGUGGCCCUCUCUGCAAAUGUGGGUGGUUUCCUCGCCGGACUCCCAUUUAGCACUAUUGCCAAACACUAUGGUUGGAACACAGCAUUUCAAGCAGCUGAGAUUACCUGCUUAGCUGUUACAAUCAUAUUUUUCCUUCUAAGGAAUAUUCAAACCAAGAUGGGCCGUCUGCCGAAGAAAGCGGACUGAAUUGGGUGGACUGAACCAUCCACAUUUCCAAACACCCCUCAGGACCAUGGAAAGACUUUACACAAAGGGAGGAGGGGGUGGAUGGUUUUAGGGUUUCAUUUUCUUUCGCCAACAGGACCGGUAGAACUUGACUUGUGCCAAGAAAAUGCCAUGUUCUCUUACCAUUUCAAUCCCAAGUGAAACUAUUUCAGAUAAACAUUGGAAAUCCCUGUUCUUCUUUUGUAGUAGAGAAAAAAUGAUUGCUACAAAAAAGUAGUACUGUAAACAAACUUGUUGCUUAACUUAUAGCUUUUCUGUAAUGUAACAGUUAUCCAUAUAGAUAGAGAAUUGAAUGGCUCUGAGUGAACACUGGAAUGAAGAGUAAAAAGAAAAAAACAAAAACACGUUAUUUGAUAUCACCUUUGGUAAAGAAAUCUAAGAUAUCCUUUUCAAACAGUGACAGAUUUCACUCUCCUUGUUCUCUGCAAGUGAUCAGAUAGCUCUAGCCUCUGUAUGGACCAACAAACUACAUAACAUACUUUUGAACCAAGUAUACUAUUGUAUAUUAAUAAUAAUUGGCUUACACUCAUAUUCCAACAUCACCUGCAUUUCAGUAAGGAACCAUUUGUCUUUCAUCUAUAUCUGUUUUCCUUUUUAACCCAUUCGCUGAAUAGAGAACUCUAUGGCAUACAAUGCAGUCAUCUGAUAAAAGUAAAUAGCAAAUAUUUCCUUAUCAGACACUAGGGUAUUUUUAUAUUUUUUCAGAUCUCUGGUUGUUAAAUGAAGAUUUGUUCUUGUAGUGAAUAUAACUGGAAGCUUGAUGAUGGUGCUAAUACUGCCAUUUUGCUGCUUAAUCGCUUUAAUGUUAGCACUGUUUCAUUCAUUUAGAAAUCUCAGGCAAAUUUGUGCAUUUUGCAUCUACUGUAAGUAGUAUAUAUAAUUUUUUAAAUUAGAUUCAAAGUGUGCAGCUUUAUUUUUAGAGCCUGAUAUCCAGGGCUUACUCGGGUGAGGUUGGCACCUUGAAAGAGUGUUGGAAACGGUCAAGUGCUCUGUAAUUUUUAAUGGCUUUCAUCAAUGUAGCAUUCCUCUCCAUAGCUGAGACAGUGCUUGACCUAUAAAGAUAUCUGCUUUGGCAUGAGAGGGAAUAGGAUUGUAGCAAUAUACUGUGGUGAUCGACAGAAAUUGCCUUCUUUCCUCUUCACUGAACCAGCAAGUCAUAUAAAUAUAAAGGUGGCCAUACAUGGUAAGAUUUGCUCGUUUGGCAAGGUCAGCAAAUGAUAUUGCCGACCUUGGAUGGCCAAUAUUGUGCUAAUGCAUAUGUGUGGCCCAAUGAAGGGAAAAGGAAAAGUCUGAGUUGGGACCGCAUCAAUGAGCCAAUGUGGUCCCCAAUACAACAAAAAUCAAGCCCAUCCAACCAACAUCUGCCCAAUUUUUGGCCAGAUAUCGGCCGGGAAGGCCUGUCAGAGGGCCCCAUAUACAGGCAGAUAAGCUGCUGAGUUGGUCUUAAGGACCUGAAUCAGCAGCUGAAAUCUGCCCAUGUAUGGCCACCUUAAACCUGAGCAAGUCUUACACAUUUUUUCGCAACCAGCAGCAUUUUACAGGUUGUUGCAGAAGUGAAGAAGAGGCACUGAGUUGCCAUAUUUUCAGAAAUCUAUUACAAUAUUAAAGUGUUAUGUAUUUUGUUUUCAUGAAUUAAAAAGACUACAAGACUGUGAAUUAGGAUGUAUUGUUAAUCCCUUUAACAUGAAAUUAAACUAAAUACAGAUUAAAA